AAGACCCUCUGGCCUCUCCAUGGGGCUUCCAUCGCUGCGUGCCAUUAGACAGGGGUGUUGCAUGGGUGCUCACAUGGCCAUGCACAGGCGAGUCUGGGCCCCGAGGGUCCCCUGUGGCCCCCCCCGGGUGCCGUGGGGCGGGGGGGCCGUGGCUGUGGGUGUCUGCUCCCAUCCCACGCAGGGUGAUGGUGACGGUGACGUGCUGGGCUCCGUGACGCAGAGCCCUGUCCCGUCUGUGGCACUUCCCGGGCAAAGGGUGCUGAUAAGGCCGGUGGGGUGGAGCUGGCGGGGCUGUCCCCGGCCCCAGGAAGGGACGUCACCUUUGGGAGCACAGCGGGAGCAGGAAGGGAGCCAGGAGACAAGGGAGGGGGCACCAGCAGCAGCACCAGCCCCUGGGCACCAGGUCAGCAGCGUCCGGGCGGCUUCGCGGGAGGCGGCGGAGGCCCGGCCCGGCCCGGUUCGGUUCGGUUCGCCUCGGCCGCCCGGGAUGGCGGCGCUGCCGGUCCUGGCGCACUCGGUGCUGGCGGCGUUGGUGCUCUCGGCGGCGCAGGAGCCCGUCCCUCGGGUCAGCUUGCCCUACGACUCGGAGGAGCGCCUCGUGCAGCGGUUCGAGGUGCCCGGUGUGACCAACUACACAGCCCUGCUGCUCAGCCCCGAUGGCAGCACCCUCUAUGUGGGGGCUCGCGAGGUGCUCGUCGCCAUCAACACCAGCCACUUCCAGCUCGGGGCACUGGCGCGCAGGCUGCCGUGGAGCGCCGAUGAGGAGAAGAAGAGGCAGUGUGUGUUCAAAGGCAAGGACCCGCAGAGGGACUGUCACAACUACAUCAAGAUGCUGCUGCGGCUCAACAGCACCCACCUCUACACGUGCGGGACCUGCGCCUUCAGCCCGGCCUGCGCCUACAUCAACGUGCAGCACUUCAGCCUGGAGCGGGACGCGUCGGGGAAGGUGCUGCUGGAGGACGGGAAGGGACGCUGCCCCUUCGACCCCGAGUACCGCUCCACGGCCGUCAUGGUCGACGGCGAGCUCUACGCUGGGACUGUCAGCAACUUCCAGGGCAACGAGCCCACCAUCUACCGCAGCCAGGAGAGCCGCAUCGCCCUCAAGACCGAGAACUCCCUCAACUGGCUGCAGGACCCGGUGUUCGUGGGCUCAGCCUACCUGCGGGAGAGCCUGCCUGCCGGCAACCCCGAGGGCGACGACGACAAGGUCUACUUCUUCUUCAGCGAGACUGGGAAGGAGUUCGACUACUUCGAGAACACCAUCGUGUCCCGCAUAGCGCGCGUGUGCAAGGGGGACCAGGGCGGCGAGCGCGUGCUGCAGCGGCGGUGGACGACCUUCCUGAAGGCGCAGCUGCUCUGCUCGCACCCCGAGGACGGCUUCCCCUUCAACGUGCUGCAGGACAUCUCCGUGCUCACCCCGGGGGAGCUGCGCUGGAGGGAGACGCUCUUCUACGGGGUCUUCACCUCGCAGUGGAACAAGGGCGGGCUGGGCAGCUCGGCCGUGUGCGCCUUCCCCAUGCGCAGCGUGCAGCGAGCCUUUGGCGGGCUCUACAAGGAGGUGAACCGUGAGACGCAGCAGUGGUACACAGACACCGGCCCCGUGCCGGAGCCCCGGCCGGGCACGUGCAUCACCAGCCACACGCGGCACCUGAAGAUCAACUCUUCCCUCCAAAUGCCGGACCGGGUGCUCAACUUCAUCAAGGACCACUUCCUGAUGGACAGCGCGGUGCGCAGCCAGCCCCUGCUGCUGCAGAGCCGCCUGCGCUACCAGCAGAUCAGCGUCCACCGCACGCAGGGCCUGCACGGCACCUACGAUGUCCUCUUCCUGGGCACGGACGACGGGCGCUUGCACAAGGCUGUGCGUGUGAACCACGGGGUGCACAUCAUCGAGGAGAUCCGGCUCUUCCCCGCCGGACAGCCCGUUCUCCAGCUGCUGCUGGACCAGGACCAGGGCCUGGUGUACGCAGCCACCUACACGGCAGUGGCUCAGGUGCCCUUUGCCAACUGCAGCCUGUACCGCAGCUGUGGGGAGUGCGUGCUGGCGCGGGACCCUUUCUGCGCCUGGAACCGGGGUGCCUGCCGCAGGGCAACCAUGCACCCCCCAGCGCACCCCCAUCUCUGGGCACAGGACAUCGAGGAUGCUGACACGGAGCGGCUCUGCCCGUUGCCCAACACCUCCCAGCCACGUCCUCGCAUCCUCCUGCCCCCAGCCUCGGGUGCCUCGUGCCAGCGGGUGCUGCUGCCGCCCAAUGCGGUGCGGCCGCUGCCGUGCCAGCUGCUCUCCAACCUGGCCUCGCGGCAGUGGCUGCACCACGGGGCGCCCGUCAACGCCUCCUACCUGGUGCUGCCGGACGGGGCGCUCAUCCUGGUGGGCAGCCCCGAGCGCGCCGGCACCUACGAGUGCUGGUCGCUGGAGGAGGGGUUCCGCAAGCUGAUGGCCAGCUACUGCGUGAGCCUGCAGGAGCUGCCCCGCGCGCCGCCAGACCCCGCCAGGAAGGCGGCCACCGGCCGGGACGCCCUGGACACCAUCAGCACCUCGUGCAGCACAUCGGCCGUGGGCAGCGCCGUGGCACGCCUGGACAGCAAGACCUACUGGACCGAGUUCCUGGUGAUGUGCGUGCUCUUCGCCGCUGCAGUCCUGGUGCUGGCGCUCUUCCUCCUGCACCGGCACCGCGAUGGCAUGAAAGCCUUGCUGGAGCCCGGCGACCCCGGCCGGCACCAGAAGCCGCCCCGCAAGCCGGUGGAGAGCCUGCCCCUGAACGGCAGCAGCCUGCCCAGCGCGGCGCCCGAGCACAAGGGCUACCAGGCCCUGCAGGACAACUACAUCGUGAGCACCCCGGUGCACGAGGCCCCCGGCGCCCAACGCGCCUUCUCCGAGUCGGAGAAGAGGCCCCUCCAUGUCCGGGACAGCUUUGUGGAGGUGUCUCCCGCGUGCCAAAGACCCCGGGUGCGCCUGGGCUCCGAGAUCCAGGACUCGGUGGUGUGACAGGACCGGAGCCAGGCCCGCGCCCCACACCUCCUCUGCUCUGCUGAGCCGUGCGGACCGCAGCCGGGUCCGUGUUGUCUGUGUGUGCAUGCCCGGAGCCCGGCCCCGCUCCAGUGCUGGGGCUCGGCUGCCCCGGAGCUCCCGGGCAUCACCUCUGCUGCUCCGGCUCCGGGAGCGAGGGGCACCAGGGGCCUUCCGGGGGCCUGCGGGAUGCUCCCCCUGCGGGGAUGGACUCGGUGCCUCGCCCUGGCUCUGUGGAGCCCCUCUAUGCAGAGGGCAGGAGGGGCGGCUGCAGCCCCUCGCGCCCCGACUCACUGUGAUGUGCCGGCGCAGGACCGGCGGCCGGGCAUGUGCUGUGUGUCUGUGCUUGGUUUGGUUUUACUACGUUGGAAAUGUGAAUCGUGUCCGGGUGGGGGCUCCCCCGCGCCCACGUGCGUGUGCAGAAACGUUGUGGUUUUUAUAUAAAGUCCAGGUGUCUCCUUUGG